AUGGAACCAAAUAUGGAUAAAACUGCAUAUUGGCAAGAACGAGAGUUCUUCGAUUCAACGGACGACCCAAGCAUUUCAAUAUCGACAAUGGCCGACGAACUCCCCACGCUGACGGUGACAACUAUUUUAGGCGUGACGGUGGUCAUCAUCAUCGCUAUUGCCGUUGUCUUCGUCUUGGGAGUGCUCAUUGACUGCCGUCAACAGAGAAUAUUGGACAAAAAGAUCGUCGAGGUAAGAAGAAGGAAGAAUCUUCGUCGAGUAAAGUCGCAUCAACAUAGCGACGUGAUUAGCAUCGUAAAUGGCAUGGAAGAUCCUGGGUUGAGUGUGCCACCAGCGGAGGUCCUUCGAAACAUACCG